AAGAGAGCACCGAAUUCCCAAGAGCCAGAGCCAGAGAUAGGAUAACUAAUUCGGAAUUUCCCUUCUGAAAAGAGAACAACGAUCCGUUUUAAAGUUCCCGUUUCUUUUCCAAAAUGGACGUACUUAAAGUUUUGCAGAGCUUUUUUUUUUUUUUCUUGACACGUUCUGAAGCAGCAUAUCCUCUCUGAAAAUCUGCAUUUUGGAAAUAAUAGCGGAAAAUUGGGAAUACCAGGGUGUCAGAAGUUUCCAACAAUGCACCAGUUUCGUCCACCAGUGUUUGGAGCGCAUAAUAAAAGCAGAGGUUCUCCCCAGGAACUGGGGCUGGACGGAGGGAAUAACUGUUUGGUUUUAUAACUUCUGUGCGCCCUCUCCUCCUCUUUUCUCUUCUCUGCCUCAGCCCUUGGAGUCUGAAAGCGAGUGUGUAAACGAUUUAUGCGGAUAAAAUAACUCCCAAACGAUUGAAGUCGACGGUUUUGAGACUUAGAAGAUCCAGAAUAACCCAUCUGAACUUCUAGAGAUUGUAAAGAAAAGGAAUGCUGAGCAGAAGAGGCGCAUGGAGAGAUGCUGUUUCUUCUACCAUGGAUCUAAAGGGCACUUUAGCGGUUUUAUUGCUUUUGCUUCUAUGCUUAUGCCCUGUUUUCAGUCAAGAACUCAAUCCAAAGGGUAGGAACGUGUGCAAAGUUCCAGGGUCACCAGGGUUUACAUGCUGCAGCGGAUGGGCGCAGCAAGGCGAGGAGUGUUUAACGCCUCUCUGUGAAGGUAACUUCACUUGUAAUGAGAACGAGGUGUGUGUCCGACCAAACGAAUGCCGCUGUCGUCAUGGAUAUUUUGGGGCAAGUUGUGACACAAAGUGUCCCGCUCAGUUCUGGGGUCCAGACUGCAAGGGCAUGUGCACGUGUCACCCUAAUGGUAAAUGCGACGACGUGACCGGGAAGUGCACGUGCUACCCAAACCGCUGGGGUGAGAACUGCCAGAAGCCCUGCAACUGUCAGAAAGGGAAAUGUGACCAGGAGACGGGCAAAUGCACCUGCCAUGCCGGGUACUGGGGGCCGCAGUGCAACAACAACUGCUACUGCAGCAUCAACUCGGUGUGCGACCAGAACACGGGCUGGUGCAUCUGCAACCCCGGCUGGUUCGGCCGGAACUGUGGCGCUCAGUGUGUAUGUAACAACUCGCCUUGUGAGCAGUUUACGGGCCGAUGUCAGUGCAGGGAGAGGCUCUGGGGUCAGCGCUGUGAACGCCACUGUCAGUGUGCCAAUGGGAAGUGUAACCCUGUGGAUGGAUCGUGUACCUGUAAACCCGGAUACAGAGGAAAACUAUGCCGGGAGCCGUGUCCAGCUGGAUUCUAUGGACAGAACUGCAAAAACAAGUGUGGCCACUGUAAAGGCCAGCAGCCCUGUAAGGUGACGGAGGGUCACUGUGAAACGUGUGCGAGCGGCUGGAACGGGACAAAAUGUGAUCAGAUGUGUGCAGAGGGUUACUUCGGAGAGAACUGUAAGGAUCAGUGUCCGCCGUGCAAAGACGGUCACUUCUGCAACCGGAUCAACGGGAAGUGUUCCCACUGCAAUCCCGGCUGGAUUGGAGAUCGCUGUGAGGUGCGCUGUCCUAAUGGCACCUAUGGAGAAAACUGUGAAAAAGACUGCAGCCAUUGUUUUAAUGGAGACUGCCAUUUUUCCACAGGAGAGUGUCUCUGUGACCCUGGCUUCUAUGGGACAUACUGCAACCUGACCUGUGAGUUGGGUCAGUUUGGAGUGAACUGUGCCCAGGUCUGUCCAUGUCACGACAAGAACUGCAACCCAGUGUCAGGAGCCUGCAACUUAUAUCCUAAUCAGCGGAUGGGAGUAAUAGCUGCAGGAACGCUGGUGACAUUCCUGCUGGUGGUUCUUCUCUCUCUGCUGUGCUGCUGCUUCCUCUGUAGCAACAAAGACAACCGCAACCCUGACCAGGAAAACUCCACCAACAGCAAGAAGGCCAAAAUAAUCCUCUGCGGCGGAUUCAGUCGAAUCAGCACCAAACUUCCCAGAAUCCCUCUGAGGAGACAGAAACUACCCAAAGUUGUUGUCACCCACCACGAUCCUGAGAACACCUUCAACAGUAUUAUCGAGCCGCCCUCCGUGGUGGACCAGCCUUCUCCAUCAUGGUCAUCCCAGGAGUCCUUCUCUUCCUUCGAGACGAGCGAAGACGGGCCCGUCUACUGCGUACCCCACGAAGAGACUACGAAUGAGAGCUAUGACAAGCGAAAUUCUAGCGCUGCUCAAGAAAUACCACCGACCCCCAAUGAUGAGGACGCAGGAGAGUACACAUCCCUCAAAGACACAAGAGAAACUACAAAGCAGUACAUUAGCGAUGGGAGCGAGCAGCCUCUCCUGAAGUCUUCAGACAGCGAGGGCUCCACCAGUGGUUCUGAGUCAACCAUAGGAGCUGUUUACGCCCAUGUCGCCCGCCUUUCCAAACACUCCAAAGAGGAGGAGGAUAACGCCUCACCGGAGAAGACAAAAGAGAGGACGAAACCUCGUCCUCCAGACCCUUCUACCAAACCGAAGUUGUCCUGGAUCCACGGAACAUCUGGAACCAACCCAACAGAGCAAAGCCAGACUCCAUCACCACAAAAAGAGAAGAGGAAGAACAAUUCAGAAAGUUCUGGAAAGGUUGAUGAGAAGCAGCGGUCAAAGGAGAAGUCGAGCAAGAACCGUGAAAAGCAUCAGGGCGGUAAGAAAGCAGAUGGACCCGAAUCACCAAGCAAAAGCAAAUCUCACAAAGCUUCAGAUACCAUUGAGCACCUCAAUGGAACAUUCCAGAACGCCCUGAAGAAGAUCGGAAACUUCCACUCAGACAAGAAAACAAAUGACACCAACAAAGAUCCACCCAAGAGCCCAAAGAUCAUGCAUCCGCACAUGAACUCUGAGGCCGCCACGCUACUCGCGGCUCAGCUGAAGGAAAAAACCCAAAGCCUUAACCGGAACGAGAGUCUCAUGGUGGGCAUCAAGCCCAAUGGUGUGUCAACACCUCAAGCCAACCGAGAGAAACCCACCCCACCUCAAAAGACCAAACGCUCUGCAACUGGAACCAACAAGCCCCUUCUUCCCACCUCCAGCAACCUACAAAAGAUGGUGGCUCCAAUUUCAGACUCUACGCCUGAACCUAAAAGCCCAGAAAAGCUAGGGGUUAAUGGGACCAGAGUUGAAGGAGACGCCACCCCAAAGAAAACGCCCAUCAAAAAACCACCGAGGAAGAAAGGAAAGGAGGGAAUACUGGAGACGGAAGGCAAAACCACUCCAAAGACGGCCAUUAUGCCACCUCAGACUGUCAAGUAGAUCUUUGAUCACAUUGGUGCGUCCAUUUUUGAGAAUAUAAACGUACAGUUUUUCUUUCGUUAAACAUUAUAUAGGAAUUGGAUGGAUUUUUUUAUUUUUAAAUGGACGAGCUGCUUAUAGGAUUUAAUAUUUUGUUGGAUUGUGGUUCUCGUUAACUCUUUGAAGACCAGGAAUCGGAAACGACGCCGUGACUUGUGUACAGUAUUAAAAAGGAAGAGUAAAUGAAUUUAAUGCAAUAAGCUCAUCUUGUAUGCUCUCGGUUUUACAUAUGCAUCACUCCACGUCCAAAGAGAGAUUUUCCAAUACUAUCGUAAUUGUGUGAUCAGCAGGUUUUUGUGUCUGAAAGGUUGUAUUUAGCACUGUUUUCAUAGGUGUAAAGAAUGAACCAAAGGUACUUUAAAGGUACAGGAUGAAUGAUUCCAAUAUUAAUUUUCUCUCAGGCUGUAUCAGUAUAUUCAAUACCUUGUAAACGAUGGCAUGAAGGAAAUUCUCUGUCUGGGUUCUAAGACAUGUCAUUUGAUUCACAUUCAGCAGUACUUCACCUUGCAUCAUGCUUUUUAAGCUUAAAAUGAUAUUUCUUGCAAAUCCAGAGUGAUGUUGAAGCUUAGCACUAGUUUUUCCUUUUCUCAUAAAGUACCCACAAUCGGUAAUGCAUUUUUUUUUUCAGGCCAGAUAAAGACCCCAUAUUAUGUGUUUUUUUUGUUUGUUUUUUUGCCUUUUAGUCUGUGCAUGUUGGCGUUCAUGCUCUUUAUAUGAUAUUAUAGUUCUAAAAGUUCAGAAAAUAAGUACAGUUAUACAACCUUUCUCCUCUGGGAUAGAUCUUGUACACUGGGGAGUAUUCAAACUAUUGCUGUUAAAAUUCAGUCCUUGCUGAACUUCCUGAUGAAAUAGGAAAUACACAGGGAAAAAAAUGACAAUGUUUCAAUCAGUUUUGAACUUAUUGUUAAAAUUUGCAUUAAAAAUCAGCACUUAAAUGAUUCUUUUUAUGCCUUGAAAAUCUCACAUGCUUUUCUGUACAAAGUUUCAAUAGCAUAACUAUGCCAUUACUAUAGUGCUCCCUGGCAUUUUCUGAAAAAGAAUUGCCAUACAUUAUUUAUAUAUACAGUAUACACAUACAUACAGCAGUUGCAACCUACAAACUUUUACCAUCAAAUAUUAUUUAACAAUGUAAUGCUUUAAAGAUGCCAGUUUAAAGCAACCUACGAGUCCGAUUAAUGGUUAUUACCUUAAUUACUCAUUCCUCAGAGUUUGCCUUGACUAUACAGUUGCAGGAAGUUCAAUGCAACCAACAAAAAUAUGUUUUCUGUGGCUAAAAUGAACACAAGAAUGACUCAUGACUGCAGUGUGUUUAUAUUUUUUAAGCUUACUAUCUAAAACACCCUAUAGCACUUGCAAAUACUUUUUAGGAUGACACCAACAGAAAGAAUUCAUGAAAAACUGGAUGGUUAUUUUUUAACAAAGAACAUAGGGUUAAAUGUUCAAUCUGGGUCUGCGGUAUUUUUAAGCAAGCUUUUCAAUUGUGGUGUACAGUAACUGCUAUUCCCUCAUAUGGUACCUUAUAUUUUUCUACAUGCUAAGAUAUUUUGUAAGAAUAUUUUUACUCUCAUUUGUAAGCUGUGCUUAUACAACUUAUAUCUUGCUUUUUUUUAUUUUAUG